AAAUGUAUUUUCAGCAAUUAUUCUCGAUUUGUCAAUUGCUAGUUCAAGUCAAACUCGGAGUACAAACCAACACCAUCUCCUAUUGAAAUAAACAACUAGAGAUACUUGGCUUUCACUUUUACAGUGUUUCAAGCUCCUUUGUUUAACAAUAUAUGAUCGCAAUAUUACAAGGUAUACUAAAAUUUGAUGAUAUUUUUGGCUUUAAUUUAGAAAUUUUUCAUUGACACUUCGUUGGGGUUAUGUGCCAGUGAAACAGGAUUCUGGAUCAAUUUUUAAUUAUCCUUGAUUAACUGAAACGCUGUGUUACCCAUCUCGAGGAUCAGUAUAAUAAACACCGAUUAACUUUGACGAGACGUUGUACUGUAUUGAACAUUGAACUAAAGAUUACUUGCCAUGUUUACAUGGCAUUGCUGAAGUCGAUAUUUACACAAAACCGAUUCAAUUCCCGAUAGUUUAUGAUAAUGAAUAAUGUUUCAUCCUAGUAAGCUUAACGAAGAGCAUCCUGAUUGUAUGAUGGCUCCACCGCCUGUGUCUCAACAAUUUUGUUUGAAAUGGAAUGAUCAUUCAUCCAAUCUAGUGAAAUCUUUUUCCUUAAUGGCUUUUGAUCAAAAUUUUGUGGAUGUCACUCUUGCAUGUGAAGGUUCAUUUAUAAAAGCUCAUCGAGUCGUCCUUUCUGCUUGUUCUAACUAUUUUAAGGAACUAUUCCUUUCCAAUCCAUUCAAACAUCCAAUAGUAAUCCUCAAAGACAUGAAAAUGGAUGAUUUGAAGGCGAUUGUCGAUUUUAUGUACAAAGGAGAAGUAAAUGUUUAUCAACACCAAUUGGGAGCUCUCCUUAAAACUGCAGAGGUACUUAAAGUUAAAGGAUUGACAGAUGCAAAAGACGACGAUGAUGAAAAUAAAUUAAAUCAGGAUAUGCGAGAAAUGGAUAAGGAAAACGAACCGGUUAACAAUGAACUGCCUCGAACUGGUGUUGACCACUCAUCUAUUUUAAAUGAAAAUGACUGCCAAAUUAAUGGUGUUUCCUCACAACAACAUUAUCAGCAACAUCAAAUCCAACCUCCAUUACCUUUAUCAGCACACUUAGCACCUCAGCAACAUCCAAUCCAAUUAACUCAACAACAAUCUCCUUUGCCUCAACAAAUUACCGCUCAAACUGUAGCGCAAAUACAAACUCAAAUUUCAAAUACUGUUCAACCUCACACGAGUUUGAGUCAACAACAUCAACAACAUCAACAACAACAGCAACCUCUAGCUCUAUCGUUGUCAUUACCACCAGCACAAACUCAACAGCCGCCUCCACAGCAGCUACACCAGUCACCUCAAACCCAUCUUAAACAUGAUACUGAAAUAGCUCAACAAAUUCAAGCAGAACAGAUCAUUCAACAGCAGCAACAGCAUCAGCAGCAGCAACAUCAGCAGCAUCAACAGCAGCAACAACAGCAACAUCAACAUCAGCAGCAACAGCAACAUCAGCAACAACAGUCACAUUUGCAGCAACCGUCACCACAACAACAAAAGCAGUCGAUUCAACACCAUAAAAGGCGUCGAAGAAGAUCUAAAAGAUCUGUUGAUAGUUCCUCUGUAGACGAAGGCUCAGCAAGUGAUGAUGCUUCUGUAUCUGCAUCUGGUGAUGAUGACUCUGCUUCUGGUGAUAAUUCAAUGUCCAAAAGAUUGAAAGCCCCGAUCCCUUUGUCUCAAGGCAAUAGCUCCAGCUUAGAUAACUCAAAUCAUUCCUUGACAUCUCGUAGGCGACAACCAUUAGCACUACCACCCCCACCACCUCCUCCCAUUAUGUCACAAGCUAUUCAGUCUCACAGAGAAAUAGGUAAUAACAGUGAUUAUGGGCACUUGGAUGAUAGCUCUGAAACAUGGCAAGACAAUGAGCAAAUAUCGAUGAACAAUCCAAUUGGAGAUGCUUCAGAAGAAUCCAAUGGAAUGAUUGAUAUAAAACCUAUCGUAUCAUUUGAUGAAGGCUCUGUCGGUGCAUCUAUGAAUAAUAUGUCUGUUUCAUCGGAAAACAUGAUAGUGUCACAUAUGGACUAUUCAUCUUUAUCGCCUGGGUCAACGGGAUCAAUGCCGUCUAAUGCAUCUAACACAGGCAAAGUUUGUAGAUGCCAACAUUGUGGGUUAACUUUUACUGCAUAUAGUAGUCUUAGAAGACAUAUGCAGCGUCAUUUUGCUGAUCGAGAAAGAUAUGUUUGUGACAUUUGUCUUAAAUCUUAUUCUCGUAAAGAUUAUCUGAAAGAGCAUAAAAAGUUGAAACACCCUACUUGAUGAAUGGACUGCCUACGGAUCCAAUUCAUUUUCAAUAAGUUUCUGAAAUCUGUCAGAAUGCAUAUAACAGAAAUUGGAACUACGAAGAAAGCAUAUUUUCUUUAACACUAUUUACAACAUAUGAAGAAAAGAACAUGCUUUCAUUUUUAAAUUAAUUUGAAACAUUUGCAACCUGGUUUUCAUUUAUCUUGUGUUCUUUUACUUUGUUUGCUUCAUUGUUAAAUCAACUUUUUUGAACAAUGUUGAGCGAAUUCAACAAAAUUUUUACCUGUGAACUCAUCAAUCGUUAUCAUUUCAUCCACAUUUUGAUCUGGUUUUUUUUCUGUCCACAUCAAUGCUUCUUCAUCUAAAAGAAAAGUGCGAUAAUUGGAAGACAACGAAUAAGUGAACAGCAAAAUUUUCGGAAAUAACAUUAUAACUAUCAUCUGGCCGAUUAACAUUGCACCAUAUAAACACCUACACACUCAUCUCACAUUAAAUAUUAUACAUAUUCACAUACAACAUAUAUUUCCAAAAGGAUCCACCAACUUUAUUGCUUUAAAUCUAGAAAAUGAUUUGUUUUUCGUAAUGAACUGUAACAAAAUUUAAUAUAAAGACUCAGCUUUAAUUGAUCAUUUCUAAA